AUGGGGGAUGACUACGUCCCGUCGAACGUCAAGGGCAUCUUUGUCGCCGAGUUCCUCGUGCGCGAGGGCAAUACAAUCGUCUAUACGUAUCCAGAGACGCUCCCAGUCGACGGCUUCGAAUGGAAGGUCCUGCCCAGCGGCGGCCACGACGUCGCGAGCGACACGAUCCACUUUGAAUGCGGAAAUGUAGAAGGUGCCGUGCUCUUUUGCGUCGCCGCGUUUCGCUCGCGCCGCUUCUCGGAAGAGGAGAUGGCGAACGAUACCCAGAACCGCCGCGGCGCUCGCUCGGUGAGCGUCGGCGUGGUGCUUGCGUGCACCUCUUCGAAUCCCAGCCAGGAACUCGCCGAGUUUCUGCCGCACAUUGCCCACCUCGAGCGCCUCGCGGACGAGGUGGUGCAUGGCGCGCCGCCGAAUACCGUGCAGUCGUACGCGGACCGCUACCGCUACCGCGCCGAGGCGACGCUCGAUCCAACGUCGAGCCUGGCGCGGUGCUCGAUCGAGCACCUCGCGUACGACCCUGUAACCUACCUCUGUGCCAUGAACCGCUUCCUCGGACCCCUCUUUGUUCCCCUCAUCAAGCUCUUACAGCUUCCCAAAAAACGCCUGCUCCUCUACUGCCCGGCACCGGUCGAGCGGGGCGCGAUCGUCGCGUUCAACCUCGCAGAGAUCGUGCAUGCGGCGUACGUGCACGCAGGCCGCGCGCCGGGCGACGUCCGUGUGCGUGGCCUCGUGAGCCUGCACGACCUCGCCGUGCUCCAGCGGGAGGCGGAGCAGGACGCCGAUGACCGCGCGUGGGUCGCAUGGACCUCGGACAAGAUCUUUAUGGACAAGCUCGAGGUGUUUGACGUCUUUUUGGACGUGUCGGCGUUUGCGUAUCCUGGCGCCGCGCCGCGUGUGCCGCUCGCACGCCCGCUCGCGACGCGCGUCGAGCGCUCGCGCGAGCCGCCGGCCGCGCUCGGCCUCUCGUGGAGCUCGCGCGACCUGGCCUUGUACCUCGAGCUUGCGGAGCAGGAGCGGCAGUACGAGACUAUUUUGCAGACGCACGAACGCGUCGCAUUUGACGCGUGGCGCACCAUGCCCGAGCGCGUCAAUACGGGGGGGCUGCGUGUCGUGCUGCCGGCCGCGUGGACGUACCUGCAGCAGGACGCACGAUCGCUCCCGGUCGGCUACGCGAUUGUCUGGCUCGCAUGCCUACGUGUGUGGCUCGCUGAGUGGUGGCUGAUCCGCUCGCAGCUCCAGGUCGCGAUCCCUAUUUCGCUCGUCUUUCCGCUCGGCGUGCGCGCCGACGGCGGCAUCAGCACCGGCAUCGUGGACCUGACCGACACGGAAAUGUCUGAGAGCGACGAGGACGAGGUCGAGUCGCUCGACUCGGUGCUGCGUGCUGACAACACGCACAAAAGCGACGUGCGCUCCAUUGCCGAGUCGCUCAAGGACUCGGCACGCAGCAUCGCAUCCGAGCACGACGACGAGAGCAUCUACUCGCAGGACGACCCCUUGGUCGCCGCAUGCGGGCUCGGGACGCCCCGCCCGGAUCGCGUGCACCGCUCUUCAUCGCACGCGAGUCUCCCGUCGCCGAGGCGUCCGCCGCCGCGCGAACGCACCAUCACGCCGGCGCACCCGCGCUUCAACCCGUGCCUCGCCCCGCUCUUGCCGCUCGAGACAAUGUCGAGCGUGUACCUCUUUACGCUGUGGAGCAGCUAUGUGCGCGCGAUGCACGUCCAGGCGUCGGCGUACCUCGGCGAGCGCGUCGAGGCGGUGCCGACAUCGCACGGCGAGUCGGCGCCGCUCCUGCAGCACCGCGCGAUCGCCAUGUCGCCCCGCGACUUUGGCGCACUCUCGCUCGACGCAUCGAACGAGCUUGAUCGUGCGAUGCUGAGCAACAUUCUCGCGCAGUACGGUUGCAAGCUGCGCGUCACCCGCGGAUGGUGGCCGUGGGCAUAG